CAUUUCAAGAGGGUGUCAUACACUGGGUAUUUGGUCAAUAUAAAAGGCUGGUGACGGUCAGUGGUACACCCAAUGUCAGAGUAACAUGGACAAAAUGGGAAGUAACAAGAACAGAAAAGCUAUGGCCAGAUUACACAAGGCUGAAGUUAUGAUUGCUGGAGAACAACUCAGGCUCAGGUUGCAUGAUGGAAAGCUAAUCAAGGACCGGAGGUACCACCUGCGCACAUACCCAAACUGCUUUGUUGCCCUAGAGCUAACUGACUGGCUGGUCAGCCACAAAGAAGCUCCUGAUAGAGUCACAGCUAUCUGUCUAAUGCAACACCUGAUGGACCAUGACAUAGUACAUCAUGUUUGUGACAAACGUCCUAUGUUCAAGGAUGCAAAAUUGCUGUACCGUUUCCGUAAGGAUGAUGGCACAUUUCCGUUUAACACAGAGGUGAAAGUGUUCAUGCGUGGACAAAGGCUGUAUGAACAUUUAAUAUCAGGAAGGGACUCCAUUUUGCAACUAAGGGAGGAACGGGGCGUAGCAUACCAGCGUUCCUUUCCUGGCUGCCAGCUGAUAGACUGGUUGUUACAGAAUGGAGAAACAGAGAGUCGUCGCAAAGGUUUGGACCUUUGCCGUGCCCUGCUGGAGCAUGGCAUCAUUCAGCAUGUGUGUAAGAAGCACAACUUCUUUGACAGUGGGUUACUGUAUCAAUUCUGCAUAAAUUUUCGUCGGCGCCGCCGUUUGUCUGAGCUCUUGAAUGAAAGCGAAAGAGAGAAAGAAGAGGAGGUUGCAGUGCAAGCACAGGAAGACAUCCAUGCUGACAGUCCUUUUGUCCUGCGAAAGACUCCCCCACUAGAGAACUGUAGUGGAUUUCAAUCUUUGCAGAACAGUAUGGAGAUAAAUGCAACACACAAUGUGCACUGGGGAAGCUUGAAUUCAUUUCAACUUCAUCCUACUGGAUAUUUACCCCCUGCCAUUCUGUCCUCUACCACAUUUAUGCAAUGUAAUCCCAAAUCAGUGCUUAGGAGCAAUGUGACAUGUGAUGACUUGGUGUCUCCUGGUGCACCUUUCAUCAAGAAAGUGUUGACGGUGAUGGGUGACGCAGUGGGUUGGGGUUUUGUCGUCAGGGGUAUGGCUCCCUGUUAUGUUCAAGCAGUUGAUCCAGGAAGCCCUGCAGCAGCUGCAGGAGUUAAGGUCCGCCAGUUUGUGUGCCGUGUGAAUGGACAAAGUGUUCUUACUAUGGAUUACCAUGCAGUUUCAAGACUUGUGAUGACUGGACCACAAACAGUUGUGUUAGAGGUCAUGGAACCACGGUGAUAACACAUUAUUUUAUUAUUUUGUAAAAUGAGUGAUAUGCUUAAAAUUGUGACGGCAUGUGCAUAAAAGCCCAUUUUAAGAAGUUAUGAAGGUAGCCUACAGUUGCAUUGUAAUUAAGCAACUGAGAUGUUGAACUAGCAUUCUUUUAGUUGUUGUUCACCGUACCUGCUUUACAAUGUGACAAAUAAAUACCAACUGUUCCUUGAUUUUGACCUCAGAAAUACAGAUAAACGAUGCACUUCUGACCUUUGAUUCUGCAUAAUUCUGCACUGUUGCGUCGCUUUAAAUAAAAUAUAUUUUUAAUGUAUAAUUAU